AUUAUUUUAAUAAAGAUGCCAACCAUCCCCAUUGUCACUGUUUUAAUUAUCGCACUAUUCGUAGCGGCGACAGUUGUAGUAGCGGAUCAAGAGUUUGUAGUAGUUCAAACGGAAAAUGGCCCACUGAGGGGAGUGAAACGUGACCAUUACUAUGCCUUCGAAGGAAUACCGUAUGCGAGGGCUCCUUUGGGCGAGCUGCGGUGGGUUCCGUCUGAGGUGAACGAUGAACAGUGGCAUGAACCAAGGAAUGCUACCUCGUCAGGACCGUUCUGCAUUCAGUGGAAUCAUUUCGUGGAAGGCAAUGACAAGACCAUUGGCGAGGAAGACUGCUUGUUUCUGAAUGUGUAUACCACUUCACUGGACAACUCGGAACCGCUACCGACCAUUUUCCACAUCCACGGUGGAGCGUUCAUGUUUGGCUCGGGAAUUGCCUUUCAGGAACGUCAUCUGAUGAAGAAUCAGAUAAUUUCCGUCACUAUCAACUACCGGGUGGGACCGUUUGGAUUUUUGAGCACCGAGGACGAUGUCAUACCGGGAAAUUACGGUCUGAAAGAUCAAGUAACGGCACUGAAAUGGGUUCGACUGAACAUUGCCGGCUUUGGCGGGCAUCCCGAUAGUAUCACACUUUCGGGAUAUUCGGCUGGGUCGGCUAGUGUUCAACUGCAUUACCUAUCGCUCAUGUCCAGAGGGUUGUUUAAGAACGCUAUCGGUCACAGCGGGUCAGCUUUGAACCCAUGGGUCUUGGUGGAAAACUCCGCUGAAAAGGCCAACAAGAUUGCAGUUGCUGUAGGCUGCCCAAUCGAAUCCAGCAAAGCAAUUCUGGAUUGUUUGAAACGAAAACCGGCUCGGGAAAUCGUCAAGGCGGUGGAUCCACUUUUUGACUUCCUGUACAAUCCAUUUUCACCGCUUGGAGUUGUAAUCGAAAAGCAAUCGAAAAAUAAUCCCACACCGUUCUUGACCGACCAUCCGUACACGCUGAUCGAAAGGGGACAUUUCUAUAAGGUACCGUUGAUUCUUUCGCUGACCGAAGCAGAGGGUUUGUACUCGGGAGCAGAGUUUAUGAGCAAACCAGAAUAUGUGAAAGAAAUCAACAGUAACUGGAAUCAGCUGCUACCGAGUAUUCUAGAUUAUCGGACUUCGAUGGGGGACGAUGAUGCUCGGCGGGACCAGAUAAGUCAGAUGAUUAAAAAGCGUUACCUCGGAGAAGGGAUUUUCUGUGAACACAAUUUUCGCGACUUCAUUAUGAUAAUGUCCAACCGUCUGUACUUUGCCGGCGUGAUACGUUCCGCUCAGUUGAUGCAGGCGUACAUUCCGGUCUACAUCUACUAUGACAUGUACAAGACCAAGUAUGGUGUAGGCGAACUAUUAUCCAAAUCCACGAAGAACUAUGGCGUUGCCCACGGAGAAGACAUCUUCCUGAUCUAUACGACCAGCCGUCGGGAGGCAAUUCCAUAUACAGAAGAGGAAACACUGAUGGCCGGUAGGUUCGUUGACAUGUACGAGCAAUUCUCUCGGGAAAGUGUGGCCAAGUUUGGUGACCAUGAGAUACCUCGAAUGAAUAGGAAGGAUAUGGUGCAUUUUUUGGAAAUAAAUUACCCGACAAGUGAGGUCAAACUUUCCCGUCAGCUUAGUGAUGAAGAGUUUUGGAAUCAAAUAGAUUUUAACGACGGAAUGCCCGUGGUUGACCGACCAGUUAGCAAUGAACCUUGAUUUAGAGUUUAAGCGACAAAUAAUUU